AUGGUCAAGGGUUUCAAGCUCAAAGAGUUUCUGUCGCGUGAAAAAGAAGCGUCAAAACUAAACCAAAAAAAAGCGGCCAAAACUGCUCAAAAACAGAAAGAUUCAAACAAAUCAGAGGAAAAGCCCGUAGUUGUGAGCCAUGAACAGGUUGUAGAAGUAAAGACGCCGACCGAAGCUGCUGGGGACGAAGGCGAGACGGAGGAGUACCAAAGUCAGGCGCUGUCGAGAAAGGACCGCAGGAAAUUGAAAAAAAUGGAGAAAACCAAGAAAUCUGAAGACAAGGUUGAGGAAGAAGUGGAAGAGGAGGAAGAAGAGGAAGAAGAGGAAGAGACAGUGCCCAAUGCUUCCAAUCUAGAUCUUGCCAAGCUGGAAAUGAGUGAACCAGAGGACGAUGAUGAGGAGGAGGAAGAUGUUGAGCAAGACAAUGAUGAGGAGGAAGAGAAUGAGGAAGAAGAAGAAGAAGAAGAAGAAGAGGAAGAUGUUCCGCUUUCGGACGUCGAAUUUGAUUCUGAUGCCGACGUGGUGCCCCACCAGAAAGUGACCGUCAACAACACCAAGGCCAUGACACAUGCGUUAGAGAGGAUUCAAUUGCCCUGGAAAAAGCACUCUUUCCAGGAACAUCAGUCUUUGACAUCAGAGUCCAACACAGACGAAGGUAUCAAAGACAUUUACGACGACACAGAAAGGGAGUUGGCCUUUUACAAGCAAUCUUUGGAAGCCGUGCUUCAAGCCCAGCAAAAACUCACGGCUCUCAAAGUGCCAUUCCAGAGACCUCUAGACUAUUUCGCUGAAAUGGUCAAGAGCGACGAGCACAUGGACAGGUUGAAGACCAAGCUUGUGGGUGAAGCCAGUGACCGCAAGGCCCGCGAGGACGCCCGCAAACAGAGACAGCUGAAGAAGUUUGGUAAGCAGGUGCAGGUGGCCACACUACAGAGCCGUCAGAAAGAGAAGAAAGAAACUUUGGACAGAAUCAAAUCGCUCAAGCAAAAGCGUAAGCACAAUGAGAUCGAUGAUGCUGCCUUUGACGUGGGGAUCGAAGAGGCCGCUGCUUCUGAAAAACCCGAAAAGAGACACAAGCCUAACGGCAAAAGGUUGGCUAAGGAUUCUAAGUACGGCAGUGGCGGUAUGAAGCGUUUUAAGCGUAAGAAUGAUGCCAACUCGUCUAACGACGUUUCUGACUUCUCUACCCGGAAAAUGAAGGGCAAACCUUCCCGUCCCGGCAAGAGCAGGCGUUCGAAGCGUUUCUGA